CAGCUACGUCACACGCUGGGGGAACGCAGCGUGAGGAGUCGCUUCUCUCUCUGGUCAAAGAGGCCUGCAGAUCCGCGACGAAAGUAGGUUAACGACGCGUCGGCAGAAACUGGGCGUCUUCGGGACAACUUUCACCGACACAAGGGUGUUCGGAUGGACGAGUAGGUCGAGUUUGUUCGGCUCAUUUCGGGCGAUGAGACCCAUGGGUGGAGGACCUCAAGACCACAGACACUUUUAAAAAGAAGACUGUCAUGUCCGGCCCCACCUGGCUGCCUCCGAGGACCCUGGAUAGCCCCGAACGAGCCGUCCCCCAGAUGUCGCACUCAGCCGGGGCAGCCAUCUACGCAGUCCCCAACAAGAAGGGCACCCCAGAUUUCAGACCUAAAUAUGGUUCCUAUGAUCAUAACGGAGGAGGAGGAGGGAUGAGCAACAGAUACAUGGCAGCUGGACCCCCAGGUGGGCCGCUUCAUCAUUCGUCAGGUGAUCGUUAUUACCCUCCUCCCCACGGCCCCAAAGAGGACCGCAGCUGGAGUCCUCACAUGGACAGCUACGAGCUGGUGCACCGCGGUCCUGAGAAGUCUGCUGGCUACCACUCUAAGAUCGACGCUGAAAUCGACUCCCUCACCAGCAUGUUGGCUGAUCUGGAUAGCCACCCACAGGACUCCAGCACUCAGCUCUACGACAACGUGCCUUACAAUAAAUACAUCUCAGGAGAUCUGUACAAGCACCAGAGUUCAGCUCCUCCUCCUCCUCAGGGUCGGACACCCAUCGGCUACAACUCUCACCCCCAGAGCCAGUACCACCCGGCCCCUCCCUACCCCGGAGAGCACCCGAGCCCCCAGUACUCCCACCAGCCGGACUACUACUCCUCUUCCAGCCCUAAAGCCUACCCCCAGCCUGUCCCGGCCUCCUACACCACUGCCUCGACCCCCACCGGCCCGCGGUUCACCGUGCAGGUGAAGACGGCGCAGCCCGUCACCUACUCUCAGACCGGCAGGCAGGCGGAACAGGCCUACACCCCUCCACCGCCCCGCCAGCACACAUCACGACCCCCGGCCCAGGUUCAGACCGGUCCGCAGGGCUGGUACCCCUCACACCCCGGCUCACAAGUUCAGGAGAUGCACUCCGAGGGGGGGUACAAGGGCAGCAGUCUGGGGUCGGGAGGACGAGGUAACCAGGUUCCACUGCCAAAGAGAGGGAUGGAAAAAACUCAGAUGGGGUCUGUGCAGACCUCUUCUUACCAGUCCAACAAGCAGGGAGCAGCAACACCGAGGCCUGAAGAAGAGCUGGACCGGCUCACCAAGAAGCUGGUAUACGACAUGAACCACCCGCCUGCAGAGGACUACUUUGGACGCUGCGCUCGCUGCGGUGAUAACGUGGUCGGAGACGGCAGCGGCUGCAUCGCCAUGGAGCAGGUCUUCCACGUGGAGUGUUUCACGUGCAUCACCUGCCACGCCCGGCUGAGGGGGCAGCCGUUCUACGCACUGGAAAAGAAGAGUUACUGUGAGAGUUGUUACAUUAGUACAUUGGAGCGUUGCUCAAAGUGCUCAAAGCCCAUCCUGGACCGGAUCCUGCGGGCCAUGGGGAAGGCCUACCAUCCUCGCUGUUUCACCUGUGUGGUCUGUAACUGCUGCCUGGACGGCGUGCCCUUCACUGUAGACGCCACGUCUCAGAUACACUGCAUAGAAGACUUCCAUCGGAAGUACGCACCUCGCUGCUCGGUGUGCGGCGAGCCCAUCAUGCCUGAACUGGGGCAAGAGGAGACGGUCAGGAUCGUAGCUCUGGACCGCAGUUUUCAUGUCAACUGUUACGUCUGUGAGGAAUGCGGUCUCCUGCUGUCGUCUGAAGGCGAGGGCCGAGGCUGUUACCCGCUGGACGGCCACAUCUUGUGUAAGAGCUGCAGCGCUCGCCGCAUCCAGGACCUGUCGGCCAAAAUCUCCACCGACUGCUAACGUCUCCACAGCCUCCGACACGUUACCGGUGGCAGACACGACCUCUCUGCUUUGACUUUGUUUUUCCUCUAAACAGAAGCAAAACCA